GCUCGCCGCACAGAAAAACAAUCUGCUCGCACGUGGUUACCGGGCCGCGAGCUACAAUUUCCCUAUUUUUGUUUGCAUUUAGUUAUUGAAACGUUGUGAAAUGGAUUUAAAAGCAAAAAUACUCGAACACUUGGCCGACCCCAAGCGGGACUUCCUCGGCAACCUCACGUACGGCAUGAAGCUGUGGAAAUCGCCCAGCUUCUACUACAUGUCCAAGUACGACAUUGUGUUUAACUUCUUCCUGGACAAUGUGGUCAGUUACUUCAGCACGAUCAAACGGCUGGAUCGGGCCGAGUUUGACGCGUGCUGGCAAACCAUCAACAGCUUCCUGUUGCUCCCGUGCUCGGCCAAUGCACUUCCCGCGACGAUCGCGAGACGCCUGAAGCAGUGCCUAAAAUCCCUGCACGAGCAGACAAACGAGCGAAGGGAGCAGCUGCUCGAAACCUUCCUCAUCGUAGCGUUCGAUGCGAAGUACAAAAACUUCUACAAGUUCGACUACCAAGCGUACGGCUCGGUGCUGUGCCUUGCCCUUGAGUACUACAAAACCUGCCUGCUGCAGCCGGGAUCGAUCGGCAAGGAGGUGGAGGAGAGGAUAGUGGAUCGCAUCUUUGCCGACAUUAAAAUCUACGCCAAAUCGGCCGCCGGCAGCAGCAGCUGGAAGAGCGCAUUCGAGUCGUUUCUGACGCCGCUGGCCGAGGUGGUGCUGCUGCUGGAAGAGCGUGGCGUAAUGCGCCGCGAGGAGUUGCUGGCGCUGUUUGAGCAGCACUACUUUACGCCCGACCGCGUCAGCAAGUACAAUCGCACCGAGCCGGGCUCGGCGCAGCAGCAGUCGAGCCUGUUUAUGGGCAGCUUCGAUGUGCAGAAAAUCCCACUGCACGUAAUUGCGCUGCUGAUGGAGGGCUUUGUCCGUGCGUACCGGGACCUGAAGCUGGAGGUGCUGCUGUUUUUGAAGUACUUCCUGCAGAAUGUGUUCGUAGAGUCGAAGCGCUCGAUACUGGCCGACAGCCGGCAGGUUUACGCGCUGACCAAGUACGUGUUUCGGCUGCUGCGCAAGUACUUCAUCAUGGUCGACCAGCAGCUGAUGGUGGACUUUAACUUUACCGACAUACUGACGGAGCAGCUGAAGCGUCAGCUGGAGCUGCAGUGUGUCACCUCCGAGACGGCAAUGCGGGACUUUCUCGAGCUGAUCUGCACGAUCAACGAGUACAAUCCGCUCGUGCUGGAGCACAGCAUCGUGGACAUUAUACUGCGGGUAAUGUUUGCGCGCAAAGGGCCGGAAACGCUGCGUUCGUACCAGACGAUGCUGAUGUCGACCGUGAGCAUGUUCAUGAAGCUGAACAAAAGCGAAAACCUGUGCGACGAGCUGUUCAUGAAGCUGAGCGACUAUCUGGAGGAGAACGAGCUGGACGAAGUGUUGCGCGAACUGCGCAAGGGAAGCGGUACGGGAAAGCGGAAAAAUGAGCACGUUUCACCGAAUAAAACGCCCGCGAAGAAGGCGAGACUAUCGAAUGGAUCUGCUGUCCAGCCCAAUGGGGCAGUGUCGGACACAACCGAUACCGUGUACUGGCAGGUAUUGUUCACCGAACAGGGAAACAGCAGCGAAGCCAAGCGUCGUGCGGUACAGCAGCGUGCCCAGGUGCAGCACAACUGUUGGCCCGAGCUUACCUUCGCUUGGCCGGACGCUGACGGCCGGCUAGGGGAAACGAUGAAGGAGUACACCAAGCAGCUGCUAACGAAGCGCAGCCUUUCGUACUGGAAAAAGUUUAUGAUCCUGCUGACCGAACUGCUCGAGCUGGCGGAGGAGCCAUCGGAGGGUACGCUGUUCCAGAUCGAGCUAGCGCUGUGCUGGAUGUGCUACUUCUUCUCCGGCAACACGCUGAUCGAACAUUCGAACCUGUUCUGGCCGCGGCUCGUCAGCAGCAUGCAAGAGUUCGACCAGCUGCUGGGCACGAUCGGGCGCAAACUGCUGCCGGAAGGGAAACAUCUCGACAAACAGCUGUACGGUGCGUUUUUGAACGUGGUGUACUACUACGGCAACUACCGGAUGAUGGUGUUUUACUAUCGGCCCGACUCGAUCGAGGAAAGCAACUACGAGCAGCUGUACGGGUAUUUGGGCGAGCCGGAGUGGCGCUUGAUCGAGCAGCACGUCCCGGUGAAAGAAAUUCCCUUGCUCAAUCGAGUGUUGCUGCAGAAGCUGAGAUUGUCGUACUUCAAGCAGAAACAAGAGGAGCGCGAGCAGGAGAGCCACGUGGAAAGGCACCGUAUGGUUGGACGAAUUUUAAACGAUAAGACAGGCGAACGUUUUCGCCCGCUUUUGCUCGAUCGUUCGACGAACGUUUGGUUUCUGGGGCUGAUGGAUAGGGAGCAGCGACGGCACGUCGCUUCCCUGCUGCUCGAUCGCUCCUACUGUCCGCUGGAGGACGUUCACCACAUCCUGGCGGAGGUUGCGUCCGAUCACGAUCUGCUCGAGGUGUUCCUGCUGGGAGCGUACGGAAAGAUGGCCGAUUUGCUCGCGUCCGUUGGAGGUAGUGUGGCGACGUUGAAUGAUCUUUCGUUUGAAACGCUGCUCGAACAGGAGGAAGGAGCUAUUGUACCGCAGCUGAGGAAGCGGCUGGAACAGUGCGCAAGUAAACGCGACGCCGAAACAAUCACCUUGCCCGAACCGAUCGCGUACGGUUUGGGGCAUCUCCUGGACGUGCUGGACGAGAUACGCAUCGAUUCGUACGAGCAGGGCAAGAAAUCGUUGCUCGUUGCAGCUCAUCUGCUGCUGCUGGCCCAUCUGAUGAAUGCUUCCAACGCGCAGCAGAUGGCGGAACGGUUUAAAGGCCAGCUUAUAAGAUUUAUGCUGCUCGGAACGGCGACAAGCAUGUCAGCGUUGGUGUCGGUAGAAACGCUGUUCCAGCUGUUCGGUGUGUCGCCCGUUGUGAUCAUUCUGCUGCAACAGCUGGUCGAACAUCUGACGGAGCAAACGUUCGGGGAGCUGAAAUCGAUUUUGGCCAACUUUUCGCCCGCUAGCAACAAACACUUUGAGCUGCUGCUGUUGAUCCACAAUUUCGAGCAAAGGAAUUUACCCCGCAGCCGCAAAUCCCCCGUGGCUGUAGAGGAACGUAUCGCCUUCCUGGACGAUAUGGUACGCGCGAUUGACAAGUAUUUGCUGCAGCAGGAUGGGCGCAAGCAGCGCAAGAAAGAUGCGGAAGGGUUCAAUCUCGCCGUUAAGGCCUGCCUUACGACCAUUCGCCACAAAGCGGAGCGUCAGGUUGAGAUGGACGAUGAGCUGCGUGAGCACGUGCUCGGUUACAUCAACCAGGCGAUGAAAGUGUUUACGCACAACGCCGACAUGCUGCUGACGCGUGCCCUCAUCCACAAGGACUACCUGCAGCUCGAACCCGCGACGGUCGGCGCCAUCGAGGAAAAGUGCUGGCAAACGUUCCUCGCGCUGAUGCAGGGCAGGACGGCAGCGAAGGAGCAGCCUCAAGAAAUGGCGCAGAACGAGGAAAACCCUUCCGUCAGCAAAUCGGACGAACAGCUGAAACGCAUCGAAACGAUCAUUACCGCACUGGUCGCUCACUUUACGGAGGAGCAGUACGCGGAGAAGCUGAACCUGCUGAACCGGAUCGAGUUCACCGCCAGCCACGAGCAGCCGGGCUCGACGGCCCAACCACUGAAAACCACCCUGGCCGUGUUUAGCAUCCUUUCGAAGAAGGGCCUGCCGAGCACGGUAUCGAAGGAAACGUGCAAAGUGUUCGUGCGCUCGUUUGCGGCGGUCGUUGCCCGCGACCUGAUGGGGCUGUGCGUGCUGAGCCACCAUCUGCGCGAUGCCGAGCUGCUGGACACGGUGCUGGAGUGCUUCGGGACGAUCAUCGGCAACAGGAAGCUGGCCCUCUUUCCCGCCCUGCUAGACUAUGUGCUGCAGUUUCUGAGCGCGAUCAGCAUUGGCAAGCGGACGUCGAUACAGACGGACGGCGAGCAGGCCGCCUUCUUCAAGCUGCACCGUGCGAUGGGCCAGGUGAUGUACGGGCUGCUGCAGGCCCGCUCCAUGUACGUGGCGAGCCGGCUGCCCAGCUACAUGCACGUGUACGAAGCGCUGCUCGGUGCGCUGAUCUGCUACAAAGGGGACGCGGCGCUCGGCAAGAGUUUGACCAGCUUCGAGAUACUGACCAUAUCGGAUCUACUCUUACCGUUGCAGAGGAUCGUUAACAUUGCGUGCAAGAAGCUCCAGAAGCAGCUGUACCUACUGGCGCCGUACGUGCUCGGCCAGAUACUGCACACGAUCGUGCAGUGCAAGCGGGCCACCACCGAGCACAACCGGAUCGCCAGCAACGUGCACAGCGUGUGCUUCAGCCUGAUCGCGAUCUACGAUUCGCACGCACCGUCCUAUCUGUUGCGCACGCUGGACGAAAGCAGUCGCCUGCUGUUUACCGACAUUACGAAGCGGUACGAACGGCGCACCGAGCGCUUCAACAGCCACAAGGUGAGAGGUAAGUCGCAUUGAAGCAAAGGAACCAGAGCUGUAAACAUUUAUGUUUAGCAAUGUAAGUAGUAAUAUUAAUGGAAAAAGAAAAAGGUAUCCUAUCCCUUUCCCGGUUUAUGGAUAGUGAAAAGAAA